AUGUCAUCCCGCUCUUCAUCCGAUUCAUCAAGCUUUCAAUCUGACGGAAUGAUCGACGAUAUGUUUAUCGUAGUGAAGCAGGAAGCGAUUCAGUAUUUGCGAGAAGAAGUCGAAUCACCUACGACGCGUAACAGACAAGUGCUUCUUGAACGAGAUCGUUUAGGUGCUCAUGAACGUUUAAUGCAAGAUUAUUUUAGUAAAAAAUCAUUGUACGAUGAUGCACAGUUUAGGCGUCGGUUUCGUAUGAGCUGUCGUCUUUUCUUAAAAAUUUCUAAUGAUCUUGCGAGCCAAUAUCUCUUUUUCACACAAAGAGAAAGUGCUAGUCGCAAAAUUGGAUUCUCUGGAAUACAAAAGUGUACUGCUGCAAUCCGCCAACUUGCAUACGACACAACGAGUGAUGCAUGUGACGAAUAUUUAAGGAUGUUGGCUAGAAGUUGUCGUGACUGUCUUAAUAAUUUCUAUGAAGGUGUUAAUUUUCUUUACAAGAGGCGAUAUUUGAGGAUGCCGACCGCUAUCGACGCUCCACUUUUAUACGAGGCCCAUCAACGGAUACACGGUUUCCCGUGA